AUGAGUCCAUUACAAGCGACAUCAGCCGCAUAUAAUCCAAUGACAGGCACAGCUGCUCCUCCAUAUGGUCAUCCAUAUGGUUCAACUCAUCAUCAAGCUCCACCUAUGCAUACAUUACCACCAAGUCAUGCAGCUGCUGCUGCUGUACAUAUGCAUGCUGUUCAUCAUCAAGCUCAACAACAACAGCAACAUAAUUUAUCGGUACAGCAAAAUCCACAUAUGAUGCCUGUUCAGAAUGGACCAGUUAUACUUGUAUCUAAUCUUAAUGAAGACGUAAGUGUUUAUGGUGACGUGCAUCGGGUGAAAAUCUUAUUUAAUAAAAAAGAUUCAGCCUUAAUACAAUUUGCUACACCACAACAAGCAGCUGUUGCUCAUCAAAAUCUUGAUCAUAUAACAAUGUUUGGUAAACAAAUAAAAGUUUCAUUUUCAAAACAUCAAUUUGUACAAAUGCCAAAAGAUGGUACUUCGGAUAUGGGUUUAACAAAAGAUUUUACAAAUUCACCAUUACAUCGAUUUAAAAAACCAGGUUCAAAAAAUUAUAAUAAUAUUUUUCCACCAGGAACUGUACUUCAUUUAUCAAAUAUACCAAAUGAAAUAAGUGAAGAAGAAAUACGAAAUAUAUUUUCUCAAUAUGGUAAAAUAAAACGAUUUAAAUUUUUUGAAAAAGAUCAUAAAAUGGCUUUAAUUGAAAUGGAAACCAUUGAAGAAGCUAUUGCUGCUUUAAUUAAUACACAUAAUUAUCGUUUAGCUGAUUCAAUGCAUCUUCGAGUAUCAUUUUCAAAAAGCAAAUUGUAA